CACGACAUGACUCAUCCCCGGCUCCGGUCGGCUCCGAUUCUACCAAUGGCGGCAGCGGGAAAGUAUUUUUUAACUGUUACAAAUUGCCGGAACGCGACAAACCCACAGCGGGAGAUCAAUCAUCCCUCUCUGGGGAAUUAUUAAGCCCCUAAAGAAACCUCAGCUUUUCUUUAAUCCUUCUUCAAAAAUGUCGCUUUCAGCAGCCCUCGUCAUCGUCUUCAUCAGACCUCCCACCAUUUCCUCCCAGUCAACGGUCCAUCCCUAAACGGUUUACCAUAACCCCCUACUCUCAAUUUCUUCUUUCUCUUCCUCCAAGUCCAUCUCUCCCCCCUUCUUCGCGCGCCAUCUCGAAGCUGCUUCGAUCUCUUUCAGGAGUUCCUCCCAUCUGGGUUUUGGGGGGGUUUAUGGUAAACCCCUAGUCGAUGGUGGCAAGAAUAGGCCCCAAAAGUUCUGAUUUGCUGAUGAAUCCGAAUCUGGGUCUGGGUUUCUUCGUCUUGCUGUCGUUUCUCAGCAGCUCCCUCGUCAAUUCCCAAUGUAGCCGAGGCUGCGGUUUGGCGUUGGCUUCCUACUACGUCUGGGAAGGCACUAAUUUGACAUAUAUCCUCCAGCUGAUGAACUCCAACAUUCUUCGGGACUCCGACUUCGACACCCUUCUGAGCUACAACAGGCAGAUACCAAACAAAGACAGCGUUCAACAGGACACAAGGAUUAACGUCCCUUUCCCUUGCGAAUGCAUCAAUGGGCAGCUCCUGGGCCACGUUUUCCUUUACCCCACGGUCACCGGGGACACUUACGACCUGAUCGCCGGCAGGAAUUAUGCGAAUUUGACCACCGUUGACUGGCUCCGGAGGUUCAAUUCCUACCCUCUCAACAACAUCCCUGAUAGGAAUGCGGUGGUGAAUGUCACGGUGAAUUGCUCGUGCGGGGACAGCUCGAUUUCGAGGGGUUAUGGGCUAUUUGUUACUUACCCGCUUCGUCAGGGGGAUAAUCUGGAAUCGAUUGCCCGGGGAAGUAAUGUCUCGGCGGAGUUACUGCAGCAGUACAAUGCUGGUGUGGAUUUCAGUAGCGGGAGGGGUUUGGUCUAUGUUCCAGGCAGAGAUGCAAGCAAUAGUUACCGGCCCUUGAAUUCAAGCUCUUCAGGUGGCAUAUCUGGGGGAUUCAUAGCCGGCAUAUCAAUAGCAGCAGUAGCUGUGGUGUUAUUGUUGGCUGUUUUUGUAUAUGUGAAGUUCUACAGGAAGAAGAAGGUGGCGGGGACAGUACAGUUGCCUGCUUUAUCACUAGGCUACUCUGCUCAAGGUACAGGAACUCAUUCAGAUAAGCCACUUGAAUCACCGGGCGGGGCAGCAUCUGGAGGACUUACCGGCAUUACUGUGGACAAAUCAGUGGAAUUCUCAUAUGAAGAACUAGCUAAGGCGACCGAUGACUUCAGUUUAGCCAAUAAGAUCGGUGCAGGUGGCUUUGGAGCUGUUUACUAUGCAGAAUUAAGGGGCGAGAGAGCUGCAAUCAAGAAGAUGGACAUGCAAGCAUCAAAGGAAUUUUUUGCUGAGCUCAAGGUUUUAACACAUGUUCAUCACCUGAACCUGGUCCGUCUGAUUGGAUACUGUGUGGAGGGAUCUCUUUUCCUGGUAUAUGAGUUCAUAGAGAACGGAAACUUGUCUCAACAUUUGCGUGGCACUGGUGAGUCAGAGAGGGAGCCAUUAACAUGGCCUGGCAGAGUGCAAAUUGCACUCAAUUCUGCUAGAGGCCUUGAGUAUAUCCAUGAACAUACUGUUCCUGUCUACAUUCACCGUGACAUCAAGUCUGCAAAUAUAUUGAUCGACAAGAACUACAGAGCAAAGGUAGCCGAUUUUGGAUUGACAAAACUUACUGAGGUCGGAAGUAACUCGCUCCCCACACGUCUUGUUGGUACAUUCGGAUACAUGCCUCCAGAAUAUGCUCAAUAUGGUGAUGUUUCCCCAAAAGUGGAUGUAUAUGCAUUCGGAGUUGUACUAUAUGAGCUUAUUUCGGCCAAGGACGCCAUUGUCAAGCCCAGUGGAUCCAUUACAGAAUCUAGAGGACUUGUGGCAUUGUUUGAGGAUGUCCUAGACCACCCUGAUCCAGAAGAAGAUAUCCGAAAGCUGGUCGAUCCAAGGCUGGGAGAUAACUAUCCACUUGAUUCAGUUCGAAAGAUGGCCCAGCUUGCCAAGGCUUGCACACAAGAGAACCCUCAACUGCGUCCGAGCAUGAGAUCCAUCGUUGUAGCUCUAAUGACACUCUCAUCCUCGACAGAAGAUUGGGACGUCGGCUCCUUCUACGAUAACCAAGCUCUUGUGAAUCUGAUGUCCGGAAGAUAGGAACAGGGAGGAGAGAGACUAUCUCUUCUCUUCUCGAAUCGUGUGAAUAGUACGAGAUAUUACCAGGGGUUUCUCUCAGAGCAUAGUCGUAUACCUCCCAUCUUUGUUGGUUUUUCUCUGUAAAUGAUGUCAUUGUGUAGCAGCAGCAGCUGAAGCGAAUUCACAGGGGGGCGCGGGAAAAAACUCAAAGUCUCUCCAGAAUUUGUAGCAGCAAAGAUUGUUUCUAUUUUUGAAUGGAUCUGGUCCAAGAUAGGUCAGUAACCACCAGGGCUGCUAACCGGUAAUC